CGCAUGGGUCAAACUAGUUCAACGAUCGGCAAGCGGUCACCAAAAUUUAUGCAAAAACUUUGGCGAGUGUGCAAAUUUGCGAAAAAAGAAAUGAUAAUGAGAAUUAUGGUUGCCGAUUCUGGGUUGGAUUGUUGUUGUUAGAUCCGCAACUGGAGCGUGGGGUAUAUAACCCCGGCUGGCCGCUGGCAAUAUCACAGUCCAUCGACGACCUUCCCCCAGGCACAGGCACAGUCCCAUUCAAUCCAGUCCUCAGGCCUAGAUCAGUUCCACAGGAAAUCCCAAGGAAAUCCCCAAGAUGAAGUUCUUCUACGGAGCUCUGCUGGUGCUGGGCACAGCAAUUAUUGCCCAGGCGGCUGUUGCCCGUUCCAACGAUGAGUCCGCCCAGGAAACCGACCAGCAGUCCAAGUACCGCCUGUUCAAGCAGCCAGUGCAGGUCGAGGCACGCAACUUGCAGCAGCUGUUGGCCCUGAAGCAGCCAUCCUGCCCACCGCCGGCACCUGCCACCACCACUACCAUUACACCCACCACCUCCACGAUCACGACUUCUCCCACUGGACCCACAUCCACCACCGGAACCUCCACAUCAACCACCACACCCACUACUGCUUCGUCUGAUACUUCAUCUAGCUCCCGUCGUUCAUUCAACAAUCUGGGGGGUGAGAACGAGGACGACGACGACGAGUUCGAGCAGGAGGAGGAGGAGGGAAAGUACCUGAAUGACCAGGACGACGAGCAGGAGGAUGACGAUAACGAAGAGGAUGGCUUCCAGCUUGUGGCUCCCAAAGUCUCGGCUUCCUCAUCCUCUGCCAUGCGCCGUCGCGCCAGCAACUCCAACGGAUCCUCCGGCAACAAGAACCAACUGUCCAACAGCGAGCUGAUCCGCGAAAUCGAACUGCGCCGCCAGAAGGACCUCAACGACCAGCUGCGCAAGCAGCUGUCCAACGCCCGCCGCCGUUCCAACCAGAACCGUCGUCGUGCCAUUAACAACCGCCGUCGUAGCCGUCGCCGCCAGCAGCAGAAGCGUCGCAACCAGUCCCGCCGCAGCCAGCAGAAGCGUCGCUCCCAGAACCGCCGCCACCGCAACGCCCGCCGCCGUCAGCGCCGCAACAACCGCCUAAGCCGCCUGCGCCAGCGCCGUCGCGCCAACCGCCGCCGCAACUGAGCGAUCCACCGGUUAGCCCUUAGCUAUGACCUCUGAACCACGCCAUCUACGAUUUCAAUAAAGCGAAUAUAUAUACAA